AAUAAACGUGGCCACAAAACUCGAAUUGGCCCUUCAUAAAACACAUCAAAUCAUUCUUAUCGAAAAUAAAAUCUACUUUUAUCAUUCAAUUGGUGGCUUUCGUGCGGCUGUUGAAGAUAGAUUCGAACAUAAUAUUAUGAUUCCUUAUAAUAAUCUCUUUAAUCAUGUAGGAAAAGUUGUAAAUACUACAGCUACUGCAAUUCAUGAAAAAAAAGUUAUUGUUAAUACCAAUACUGAAUGA